AGUUCAUUGCACAAUUCGAUGUCAACCAACAACUACUCACUACUGGGAUCUCUAACCAGCUCUUGAAUUUGAUUGCAUCAAUAUCUUGUUUAGCUCUUCCUUUAACAGGAAGACGGCAUCUAAAGAUAUGAUUCUGUUUGGGGCAUUACUGAGUGUGGUUGUGCCCUUGUCAUUGCUGGUUUGGGCAGUUUCCUUGCUUGGUUUUACGUACCUCGGAUCAGAAGCACCAAUCUACCCAAUCUCACCAGGACGAUGGCUUCUGACUGUCACACUGCCGUUGUUUCUUGCAACAAAUGGUCUGAGAAAGAAGAGUGUCACUUCAGGAGGUGCCAUUCUAGGUUACAUUGUUGGUUUUAUAAUGUUGAUGGCCAGCUACUCAUUCUUCAUGGCUCUGCUGGCGUUCUUCUACACUGCCUCCAAAGCCACCACAUUCAAGGCUGAGAUGAAGAAGAAAAUUGAGACUGACUACAAGGAAGGUGGGCAGCGAGACUGGCUUCAGGUCGUGUGCAACGCUGGUAUCCCGAUGUCCCUGGCUAUCAUCUACCUCAUCGACAGCGGCUUCAGAGACUUACCGCUGGACUUCAGCAGACGCUACGACACAACGUGGACAGCGCUGGCACUGAUGAGUUCGUUCGCAUGCUGCUGUGGGGAUACGUGGUCUUCGGAGAUCGGAUCGGUCAUGGGUUCAAAGACACCACGACUGAUUACUACCUUGUCCAAGGUGCCAGUAGGAACAAACGGUGCCAUCUCUACAGUGGGUAUCCUGUCCAGCAUCGUAGGCGGGUUCAUGGUUGGAUGCGGUUUCUACAUUGGUCUCCUUAUCUCCUUUUCAAGUCCCGUCUUCAAGACGUCCACCCCUCAGUGGCCGGUCAUCUUCUUCGCUGCGAUUGCUGGACUCGUUGGCUCACUUAUAGAUUCUCUCCUGGGGGCGCUGUUCCAAUACUCAGCCUAUGACCAGAGAACUCACCGUGUUGUCAGCGUUGCCUCGACAACAACUGAGCACAUUAGCGGCUGGCCAAUCCUAGACGGCAAUGGAGUCAACGUGUUGUCCUCUCUCCUCACCUCUAUGAUCAUGCCAGGCAUUUGCUUUGCCUGGUGGCCAGUACUUGUUUAGAGAACACAGGAAAAACAUCUGCUUAUUAAGUUUCCGCUUAGCAAAAAAAGGCAGGACACCAGUCACAAAUGGUACAUGUGACAGGGUAUUUUGGCUGGUAACUGUAUUCUGGUAAGCAUAAUUAUUUGUUAAGGUUGCUUUGAGAACACCAUGGACUCAAACCAACUAACCACGGACAAAUGUUGCUUAACAACUUAUCGCUAAGUAAAAAUAAGCAGGAUACCAGUCUCAAAUGGUACAUGUGACAGGGUAUUUUGACUGGUAACUGUAUUCUGGUAAGCGCUAUGAUUUGUACCUAGCUACUUUUUGUGCCAAAAGGAAACUGGCAAAUUUCAAUUAAUUUGGGGAUGAACAAAGAAAAUUUGAUGUUAUUGUGGUGGAUAUAUCUCUCAGCUCUUUAGUGUUUCUCUGUAGAAGUUUAAGUUUCAUGGAAGCACCGUUGAAUAUUAUUCUUGCUCUCUGUGUCCUAACAGAUUUUUAAAUAAGUGUGCUCUAAUUGGCUUAAGGGUCAAAGUCUGCGUGGACAUUUUCUUCUAAUUUUAUUUAUUUAUAAACUCAAACACCUUGUCUUUUGUUUUGUUUUCCUGAAUGCUCAGUUCAACAGGUUGUGACCAAAUUCAAAAUUAUCUGCGAAUAUUCCAUGUACAAAAACUCAAACCAUGAUUGUUAUUUCCACUCAAUUUACAAUUCAACACUAUUUUUGAAUAUUGUGAAUCAAUGUACAAACUGUUGUAUCUGUUUUUGAUUUUCUGUUGUAUCAUUUUUUGGUUUCCCAUAGUUUCCAACCUCGGUUGGCAAAAACUUGGGCUGUGACGUUGCAAAAGAAAGGUCAUUGGUUUGGACCACCAUGGUCCCGGAAGUUGGAAUAUACAUUAGACCUGCACAAACUAUUUCGCUUCUAUUCUACAGCCAAAAUUAAUUUACUGUUAUUCUAUUAACAGUCUAAAUCUUGUUUGUUCCUCUCCCUAUAAGCAUUACAGGGCCCAGUUUCAAAGCUCUGCUUACCGUAAGCAAAGAAUCCACGCUUAUGUCGAGCGUAUUUCAAGAGUUAGCAGGGAAUUUUAGCAAUAGCUUGUGCAUGUGCCUAGUCCAUGCUACUAGCAUUUUUCACUUGCACAGGUAGCGCAGAAAUUCAGCGCUUGCAGGGUGAUCGUAAGCGCAGAAUUUGGCAGUAAGUAGAGCCAUGAAAUUGGGCCCAGGUGAACUAUAUACCUGCUUACUAGAUUGCUGUUUGACUUCUGUUUUGACUCUGAAGUAUUAAAGUUGAUUUAUACUAAUUGUAUUGAACUUGUUGAUAAUGUUUAGUAUUAUUUUGUUGAAUCCACCCUAAUUUUAAUGUAAUUAAAGUUUCUGCAUUGUUCCUCCUAGUGGUCUUACAGAGGGCCUCAGAUCAAAGGUCAGUUUUGUGAUGCACUUAUUUUCAUUAAAUGAAGUGAUAAAAAAAGGUAAAAUUUAAGUUUUCUAUUUUUUAAUUUUUUUUUAAGCGAAGUUUGAAGCGUGACUUCAAAAACCACUGGGUCUGUGCAUUCCUUCAAACCCAUACUAAAUCACAAAAUUGAAUUUGAUCUCGGAACCCCUCUUUAAAUUGUAUUUACCUUUGUACUAUACAUAUAUAAUUAUGCAAUACUAUAUAAAUAUUGGUUAUUUUAAGAGGUGAAAUCUGGACUAUUCCAUUUCAUGAGGCGAAGCCGAGUGAAAUGGAAAAAGCCAGAUUUCACUGAGUGAUUAUAUACUCUGACAAUGCAUUGACAAAAUUGAUUUAAUAUUAUUUUGUAUACUCACACACAGAAUGAUGUAAAUAUGGCAGGUUUUAGAGAUGUGUACCGCAUUGCUUUAAAAUCAGUGCCCCAUGAACGCAAGUUCAAGGCAAGCAAGAAGUGAAGGCGAUCACUUUUCAGUUUUCUUAUUAUUUUAGGGAGAUAGUGAGUAGAAGAAUGUCUCUUGUGCUGUUAAAGUGUUCCUUGUGCCUAUUUUAUAUUAGUAGGAUAUCCUUUAAUGACUUGUUUGUAUCGAAACAUUUUCCAUAUUUGCCGCCUUAGCCUGUGUCAGAAUUGGCGGCUUUGGCUACGUCUGUUGCUAAGGGUGUUGCUAAGGAUGUCCUAUACUUUACCUCUUGGUUAUGCGGUGAUCUAGCCAUAGUUGGAGCCAGAGCCAUAUCUGCCAAUUUGGAUACUGCCUUGAGAACCUGAAUUUGUUCAAACUGCUUAAGUUAUGUGUUUUUUCAUUUAUUUAAACAUAUGGUAUUUUCUUGGUUGUUUAACAAGUAUGUUUUACACAGAUGCACAGUUUGUAAUGGUUUUUUGUACUAGUUUAUAUUCCUUUACCCUUGUGAGCUGUUAGUAUAAAAAAAUCUCUUCAUCAUACGCACAGACAUUUUUUCCUUCGGUUUGUAUACAAUUUUCCUUAAGAAAUGUCGGAUAAAAAGAGAUAAAACAGAAAUUUUGUUUUGUUUUUGAAACACACACUGGUGCUGUGUUUAGGGUUGCAUGGCCCAGUUUUGCUUUGCACUGAAAAAAUUUGUGUUUUUGUUCUUUCCUGAACGAACUGUGAAAAUAUUGCUGUUUCAAAAUGAAAAACAGUCAAAAACAUUGGCACAUGCUGCAAACAACUUGUUUGUACAUAAUUGUUGAACCUGAUUCAUCUAAAAAAAUUUUAACUAGGUACCACUAAUCAUAACAUUCUUGAAAUAGUGAGUUAGAAUUCAAAUUUGGGGUAAAAGCGGCCAAGAAUCAAACGUGCACCCUUGACUGCGUUUUUGUAGGCAACCAAUCUGUGCCCAACUACAUAAAGCUUGUUUGCAGAAAAUACUGCUUAGUUGCUAAGCAAAAGAAUGAGUGGGGCACCAGUUUCAACAAUGUAACUUUAUUGAAGUUUGGAUGCUAACCAAGAUUUAUCUGUGCUUAACAAGUGUGUAUGCUUACAGGCUUUAUCAUUAAAUUGGGCUCUGGUCUCUGAAGAAUUUAGUUUUGUAAAAAAUUAUUGUGUUUAGCUAAUUAUAUUUUUGUAUCCCUUUUCUUGAAAGAAUCACUACUAAAAUCGUAUGCAGUUGACUAUUGUUGAUGUUGAAGGUCCUAUGAAGUGGUAUUUUUUCAAAUUACAUUGUUGAGGCUUAUAUAUGGUUUGAUGUUAAUAAACGAUAACACUUUCUACUUUACUGAA